CUUUGAUUAACUGAGCUGCGGCUCUGGACAUUUCGAGGUGAGCACGUUUACUUGUUUUUGGGAGCGGAGUUGCACACCUGGCCGCGCGAGCUUGUGCGUGACCAUCAGCGUGCGCGUGGGCUCCUUGUCCCGCCGAAACGUGCCAACUGAGACGUGCUUUUUGCAGCACAAAAAUUGGGAUUAAAACACACGCACAGAGACCCAGAGAGGGGAGUAAAAAAAAAAACAAAACAAAAAAAAAACAAAACAAAAAAACGCGGAGUUCUGCGGACUUGGCUGUGUUUCAAGCAGCACCGAACCGGACCCCAUGUUUCUUUUCCUCGGAUUAUUUAAACCUGCAGCUUUGACUCUUUCCGCUCUGACUGUGUUCCGGCUUCUUGUCUCCGCUGUGGAUUGUUAAUAAAAACCUAGAGAAGUCGGUGCCAGCCGAACCCGAGCAGUGCGGAUCCAUACGAUCCCCCCUUUUUUUUAUCCCCCUUUUCCCCGCUGCUCUUCUUCACCAUCUCCAUAAUUUGUGCUAGAAAAUUAUUUCUAUUUAAUUUCUGCUUAGUGGAGACACGGGAGUUGCAGAACGAAAAAAAAUAUUCCUGUUCGUCUUCAUUGUGAUUCUGGUCUGGAUCUGUGUGGAGAAGGCGUGCGGGAGUCCUGCGUUGAAGCCGCUGCGCGCGUCAAUUUCCCCACUCGUGUCCUCAAAUUGAUCAUUUUCUGGGGGUGAAUUGAUCGGGUCUCCUCGCAGAGCGCGUGGAGCAGCUCACUGAGUUUCUUACAUGAAACCAGUGAAACAACUUUAUCCCGCAUUUGUGGAAAGAAACCGGACGUCUGCCGGACUCCGGCAACGUUGAAACUGGACUCUAAUGCAUUUCUAGCGAUUUAUUUAUUUGUUUUAUUUCUAUUUCAUCCUGGAAAGACCUCGACAGCGCAUUGUCACGCGCCCAGAUACACAUCUGUCCAUUGCGCAUCAUCCAAGUUGGAGAACCCCGCACCGGCUCGCGCCCGCAGGCAAAGCUUUGUUUCUCCACUACAGGAUCCGAAACUACUGGGACGACUGGGAUUUUUAAGGUCCAUCCGUUGGGAUUUCUUCUACCAUGUCAGGUGUGCGGGAUUUCAGAUGGACUCCCAUCAUCUGCGCCGCGGUGCUUUCAUGUGCUCUUGCAGGUAAAAUCUCCCCAACCAGCUCGGAUGUCCUGUUCAGCGCCUCAGCGAUGACAGCCAGCGCUCCACCACCCAGUGUGUAUCUGCCUGCCAGCUUCAAAAUGUCCAAUGCACAACUGGCUUUCUUCUUGCGGGAGGCCCAGAUCACAGGACAAACGGUUGGCGGCGGCAGUAGGAGCAGCAGCAGCAGCUCCGGACAUCCGUUGCAGCGCUCUGAGAGUUUUGUGGUUUUCCAGACAAAAGACCUCCCCGCCAUCAACAUAAGCUUUGGGCCUUUUGCCCAGGACCAGGCUCUAUCCAAGGAGCUGCUGCAGCCAGCCAGCCCUCUGGACAUCCCGGGGCAGCUGACAGUCGGCUGGAAGGUGCGGGCCUUCAUUGUCCAGGCGAGGGUCUUCUCCAACAACCCUAUCGUCCAGGUGUUCUUCUACAUUGCGGGCCGUGACUGGGACGACUUCAAGGCUCAGGACAACCUGCCGUGCAUCCGACUGCACGGCUUCAGGGACGUCCGGGAAAUCAAGACUUCCUGCCGCAUGAGGGGGAACCUGGCCAAGUGCUUGGCGCAGCUGGAGCUGCCUCCGUCCUGGUUCAACGCCAACGUGGCACCGCUGGGCCGCAGGAAAAGCUCCAGCGACGGGCUCCUGGAUGGAUUAACCAGUGAGACUCUGCAGGCCGAGCUGUACUACACGCUGCACGAGCCCAAUCUGGACGGAGAAUGCAGCGAGGGUCACAGAGGGGGCAGCGGGGCCAGGGGAGAACCUCUGUCACAGCACCCUCUGCUGCGCAUCGGGAGUAUCAGCCUCUACCAGGCCAGUCAGGAGCAGCUGCUGGUGGACAAACAGCUGGACAAGAACAUGUUCCUCAGGCUGCCAGAGAAACCGCUCAAACCUGGAGAAACACUGAAGAUCCUGCUCUACCUGAUGCCCAACUCCACUGUGGAACAAUUCACCCUCAAGGUCAAGGCGAAGAAAGGGGUGAACCUGCUGCAGACCAAGUCCAAGAACGCUCAGUGGAAGGUAGACUGGGAGGUGCAGUCUGGCGCCAAGCAUUCCAUCACCACCAUCAAUGUGAGCAAGAACAAGGCAGUGAAGCAGGGUGAUGUGCUGGGGAACGUGGAGGUGAUGCAGUUGGAUUUUGAGAUGGAGAACUUCACCAGCCUCUCGGUGACCAGGAGGAUCAACUGGAACAUCGACUACAAGGGACAGAACCCGGUGCCGGACUCGGAAAAGGUCGUGACGGAGCUCACGGUGGUGCAGCGGGACAUUCAGGCCAUCAUCCCUCUGGCCAUGGACACAGAGAUAAUCAACACGGCCAUUCUGACCGGACGCACCGUGGCCAUUCCCGUCAAAAUGGUCUCCAUAGAGAUGAACGGAGCCGUUGCCGACGUCUCAGCCUUUGUGCAGUGCAAGUCGUCUAAUGAAGACAUCGUAAAGGUCUCCAUGAACUGCGACUACGUGUUCGUCAACGGCAAGGAGACGCGGGGCUCCAUGAACGCCCGAGUCAUCUUCAGCUACGAGCACUUGAGUGCGCCGCUGGAGCUCACCGUCUGGGUGCCCAAGCUCCCCCUGCAGGUGGAGCUCACCGACAACACUCUGAGCUUCAUCAAAGGCUGGAGGGUCCCCAUUCUGCCUGACAGAAGGAGCACUAGGGACAGUGAUGCAGAUGACGAUGACGACGACCGGCGAACGAAUCGCGGGUGUGCCCUCCAGUACCAGCGGGCCGUGGUCAAAGUCCUGACCCAGUUCCACACCACUUCCACGGAGGGAACGGAUCAAGUCAUCACCAUGCUGGGACCAGACUGGCAGGUGGACGUCACAGACCUCGUCCAGGACUCCCUGAAGGUGGUCGACCCAAAGAUCGCAGAGCUAGUGGACAGGACGAUUCUUGUGGGCCUGGAGCUGGGCUCCACUGUGCUGAAGGUGGAGUCUCCGCUGGCAGUGGACGCGGUGCUGGGCGAGGCGUCGCUCUCCGUCACAGAUGACAAGGUUUCCAUCACGGAGCUGCGGGUUCACACCGUGUCCGGCCUGACCCUGUCCCUGCAGCCCAGCCCCGGCAACAGCCACACCAUGGUGGCCAAGGCGUCCGGUGUCCAGACGCUCACGGCCCUCAAACAGGAGGCCAGUUUGUCUGUCUGGAUGCUGUUCAGCGACAACACCGCCGCCCCUCUGACUUACUUCGAUCUCAAAGACUACAACCUCAAUGCCUCUACUCUGGACGACAAAGUUGUGUCAGUAUCCCAGGAGCCGCAGCAACGGUGGCCUGUGGUGGUAGCAGAAGGCGAGGGAUCAGGAGAAAUGGUGCGUGUAGAGAUGACCAUCUGCGAAGCCUGCCAGAAGACCAAACGCAAAAGCGUCAUUGCAUCUGCUGCAGUUUCUGUCAAGGUCCGCUUUGGCCCAGAGGAAGACUCGGAGGAGGAAACGACCACAGAGGGCGAGAUUGAGCUGGCAUCUGUCACCAGGCGGACAAUCAUUGAUCCCAACAUCAGUGGAAGAAUUUAUGAUACUUCUAAUGAGCAGCCUGCCAGUGUUCCCAUUGAUUACACUAAUUUCCCCACCAUUAGCAACCAAGAGCGGCCGACUGAGAGUGAUGGAGAGGAAGGGGACGAUUUUGUGCAUUCGCCACGCAACAUGACUGAUCUUGAGAUAGGCAUGUAUGCUCUACUAGGUGUCUUCUGCUUGGCUAUAUUGGUGUUUCUAAUCAACUGCAUUGUUUUCGUGCUUAAAUACCGCCAUAAGCGCAUCCCGCCCGAAGGCCAGGCCAACAUGGACCAUUCUCACCACUGGGUGUUCCUUGGAAACGGCCAGCCGCUCAGGGCCCAAUGCGACCUGUCUCCACAGCAGGUGGAAAGUCCCAGCAACCCUUUGGAGGGUGUACAAACUUGCUGCCAUGGGGACCACCACAGUAGUGGCAGUUCCCAGACCAGCGUUCAUAGUCAGGUCCAUGGAAGGGGUGAUGGCAGCUCUGGCGGUUCAACGAAGGAUAACGGCGAGGAGGCCAGUUCACCCACCUCCAAACGCAAGAGAGUCAAGUUUACCACCUUUACCACCCUCCCCACAGAGGAGCUGCCCUACAACUCCAUCCCCAUCGCAGACGAAGAGGACAUUCAGUGGGUUUGCCAGGAUAUGGGCUUUAAAGACCCAGAGGAACUCCAUGAUUACAUGCGCAGAAUAAAAGAAAUAGCCUAAGAUUGGAGGUGCAUUGUGAAAGCACUGCUCUCGACUUUCUAAAGAGACAGUUCCUUUCUAUUUUUCCCCUUUUUUCAAGCAAGUGAAAGAUGGUUUUUCACAAACUUUAAGGCCAACAAUUGUUGUUCUGGUUAGGGUUUGUUCCAUGUAGUUUGCACAGUGCUGUAAUCUCAUACACCCUCACACAGGAGAGAAUGCAAGAAGCCAAAGACUCGACCAGAGGAUCUCAAUCACAAGAGACGUCUCUAAAUCUUGGCUGUAGGAAACAUGUUUCACUUGGAAGCUGAGCCAUGGAGACAUACGAGAGCUGCUGCAGCUCCAGUUUUUCAGGAUUUGACUUUUACAAAAUCCUGACAUGGACAGGAGUACAACAAGGGUUAAUGUGUUUCAGUGGCUCAGCAGGACUCUGCAGUACUGUACCUACUCCAAACAAAGAGGCCUUUGAUGAACAAGUAACUGUCAAAGACUCUAAUUAAAACCUGUUUUAAAAUAAUUUUGUUUUUGCCAAAGUAGAAAAAGCAUUAUUUUAUUGGCAAAACCUUUGUUGUUGUCGGUGCACAUUCAUGAUUUGUACUCAUCUUCAUUACGUAUAUUUUCUACAUUUCGUAGGUAGAUGAAAUCAUUGCCCUACUACAGUUCCUGGUGUUCCUGACAAAUCUGAUGCCUUAUAAAAAUGGUCACAGUUCACUUAUAUCAGUGCAGACACUGUUUUCUCACUGUUAGGAGGCUUGAGACGGCUUAGUACAGCAUUAAAGUAAAACACUACAGCUGUUCUCCAGCCUGAAGAGAUGAGCGUUGCAUGAAAAGGUAACCUAAGGCACAAUCAGCCAACUUUUUCCAAAUUUGUACAUGUUUAUAAUGUAAUUAAACAAUUAUUCAUACACAUUAAUAAACUAAAUGUUACCAUGCUUUACACGCAUGUCAUGUUGGGCUUACAUACAUACAGACAUUCCUCUUUGUAUAUAAUUCUGUCAAACUGGAGUUGCUUAAAAUGUUACAAGUUUCUUUCUCCAAGGAGGAGAAAUGGGAAUCUGGUUGAACUCUUGGGAUCUUUAGAAUCUUGUGGUCAGUCAAAGUUUCUCCACUGUAUUGCUGUGACAGAUGUAGAUUUUUAUUGCUCUGGAAUCUCAUUUGACUGUUGAUGUGGGAAUUUGCUAUGCAUAAGUUUUAACAGAUCAAUAUUUUUGAUGAUUUCUUUCCCUUUUCAAGCUUUGCAAGCCUAAACUUUGACAAUGUAGGAAACUGAGAAAUACACCAAUUGAGCUGUUUGAAUUGCUUAGUCAUUCACUCUUAAGUCAUACAUAUUGCAGCAACGUUCAACUUUCUCAUCCAUUAGAAUGCCAACGUUUCCACACGAACUUUGAUGCAAGUGUUUUUGUACCCCCAGGAAGCUACAGCUAACAUAAAAAAAAUAUAUCAGGGUUUUUUGACUUAAUAAUGUCCAAAGAUGCUUAUUGUCUCAAGUUCAAAGUGACUCAUGCUCAAAUUCUUCAAAGUUCAACUUGAGAUUUUAGUCAAAACCGCAGAAUUUGCCGACCAACCAGCUCAGAUUUAAGUUAGCAUUUUGAGGUUUUUAUAGCAAAUAACUGGGAAUAUCCUCCACAAUUUUGAAGUGCUGUGGCAGUGAAGUGGCGUCUGUCCCACCAUCCCCUGCUUGGUUCUCUAGUGAAAAUGUUAUUUUGACUGAGUGAACAUUUCAAACACAGCUCUGAAUGCAUUCUGACUGAGCACAGCCUCCUCUAAACUCUACAGAAAUGUGAAACACCCUUAAAGAAGGUCACUGAAUAUAUUAUUGAUUUUGUUUCAUCAUUUACAUCACAGCCAUUUCAUGCUGUCCCAUUCUUUUAGCCACAUCACGUUAUAUCUGAAUUCCAUGUUUUAUUAAUAAGUUCCAAUAAACUUGGAAUAAAUAAA